UCAACGGAAUGUGUGGGGAGUGUUGUGGGCUACAGAGAAGACCCUGGAAUCUAUAGCAACUGUCUCAAAAGCUAUGUAGAGAACUGCGACUAUUGUAUGAGAGUGCUGGUAUUAGGGGUCGAUGGAAACCAGGCAGAGGACUUGUCCAUGAUUGAAGUUUUUGGCGAUGACUUGGUUAAGAUAGAGCUCCCACGGACGUUUGGCUCUCUUGCUAAAGACUUACUCGAUCAACAGCAACGCGAACCAUCGCAAAUUCCUACGGAUCAUGGCAGGAUCCUUGGAGAGCUCAUUACGCAAGCUUCAAGCAUCCUCCAGGAGCAUGGUGUGCUGUACCCAGGCUCAGACAAACUUGUUCCUAUUUGCUUGAACCAGCCACACCACUCGAAAAAAGAGAUCAUGUUCACAAACUUCAUCUUUUGCCUGGCACUCUGCAGAAAUCGCAACAUACCCUUCAUCUGGUCCAGCGAUUCGGACUCGUGGAUUUUCCCAGGUACACUAGGUCGCGCUAUUUCAGGUAUUGCAGGUGACGAAUCCUUCGGUGGUUCAUGCACACAGAUGGAAAUACACAACAGCAACGCCGCCUUCAUCUCUUACAUAGUUGCAGCUACAUAUUGGUCGGAGAUACAUCUCACGAGCGGACUGCUCAGUGCUUUUGGUGCCAUUGACUGUCUGCCUGGUCCUUGCGCACUCUUCAGAUAUGAAGCGCUAGAAGAGAUCCUUUUGGAUUGGUACGACCAGCAGGUAUUCGGUAUAAGACCGACUAUCAAUGAGGACCGUCAUCUCACCACCAGGCUUCUCCUGAGCGGCUGGAAGAUCUCAUUCAGUGCUCAAGCCAUCGUAGCCACAGAUGCGCCGACCACUUUGGCAGGAUACACAAGACAACAGCUUCGUUGGUCAAGAGCUACCAUUAUGGAGUCGUUGUAUUACCCGUUGGUAUACUUUCGUCACAGUCCUGUUCUGUUCCUUGCGUCCUUGAGGCGCCUAAUCGUUCCUAUCGUUUGCAUGUGUACCGUAUGCAACUAUCUCUACAACGGAGGCGAAGGUAGCACAGACUUUGUUGUGGUCCGAGACAUUCUCUUCAGGAUCCUCUUAUGCGCCUCUUAUACCGUUAUUAGACACAAAGGGAAGCUGACGUGGUUCGCCAUCCAGCUAAUUGCUCAACCAGUCUGGUUCAUUCUUCGAGCAGGGUAUUCUUUGUGGUCCUUUGUUACUGUCUUUGACAAUAACUGGGGG